UAGCUGUCGUACUUGUAGUGGGGCGCUCUCCGUUUCGCUGCAACUGCAGUUUUUGUCGUUAUCCGUCGGGAUAUUUCCCGCACUAUCAGCGUGACUGCGCUGCACUGACAACGCACGAAUUGCAAGUACAGCACAAUGCCGCGUACAUACUGCGUCGUUGACUUCUGCGGAACAUAUUCAGGGUUGGGUAUAGCUAUGCAUGGUUUUCCCCGCGAUAGCAUUCACUGGCAGAAGUGGACCGAGUUUGUGCACUCCUCUGGACGCUUAGAGUGGACCCCGCUGAAAAACAGCCGUAUCUGCUCCCUUCAUUUCGAGCGUGCAUGCUAUAAAGAAAACCCAACGCUGUCCGAUUUUCAACCAAGACUACAUACCCUCAAGCCUGGUGCUCUGCCGACUAUUUACGCCGCCAUGUGUCCUGCCAAUGCUUCUAAGGGAGGCAUUGGUCCUGCUCCAUUGCCCAAGCGUCUUCGACGACAGUCGUGCUCGGACACGGAGCUUGAACCUGCUGCCCCCCAUCACGUGUCGAUCGACCUGAACGCUGACUGCGAGAUAAACGAGCCCGCAAAUGCAUCAGGUCAAGUAAAGCUGGAUGCACAAUCCCAGUGCUUCGUUGAAGUUUAUUCCAAGGCCACUCAGACGGCUCUGAAAGCUACAACAAAAUCUGCAAAGGUGCAGGCAAGCCGAACUGUCAAGGAAGUGGCAUGCCAGACUGAUUUGGAAUUGCCGGACAUCCUGUUGAUGGAGGAAAUGCGUCAGCGGUGUUCCACACCUUUAUGUUCAGAGCCAUCCAUGACCUAUGAAGACAACACUCAUGACAAGGCAUAUGAGCCUACAUUGAACAACUCAGUGGCGUAAGUGACAUGACAUUUUGUUUUCUUGUUUGAGCGUGCAGUAAAAAGAGCUAUAAUGUCGGUGGCCUUGGUUUAUAUCUUUCAACAUAACGUCAUGUUUUCACUAUGCCACAACA